AUGCCUGGCGACUCGGACCCAUUGAUCAACGACAACACCAAACUCCAGGCCUACUAUGCCUCCCUCGAGUCUAGAAUCGGCUACAAGGUGUUCCUUGGUGACACGCGUCACUUUGGUUAUUAUCCUAGCGACAAAAGCUGGCCUUUCCCCAUCGGUCGCUCGCUGAGGGCCAUGGAGACAAAGAUGGGCGAACUGCUGAACCUCCCCCCAGGUGCCAACGUCCUUGACGCUGGCUGUGGUGUCGGUCAUGUGGCUCUUCACCUCGCCAAGGAGUUCAAGUACCGCGUCAAGGCUAUUGAUGUCGUUGAGCACCACGUUGCCAAGGCGAAGCGCAACUUUGCCCGAUCCGGGCUAUCCGAAGGACAAAUCUCGGCGAGUCGGAUGGACUACCACCACCUCGAAACCCUAGACGACGAGUCUUUUGACGGAGUCUACACUAUGGAGACUCUUGUGCACGCUACGGAUCCCAAGGCUGUUCUAGCGGGUUUCUUCCGCAUUCUACGCCCAGGUGGCCAUGUUGCUCAUUUCGAGUAUGACCACGAGUUCGUCUCUGACUCAACUGAGGAUAUGGCCCAGUCAAUGAAGAAAAUCAAUGACUAUUCCGCCAUGCCAACGAAUGACCUCUCGCACCCCGGCGUCUUCAAGGAGAUGCUCGAGGAGGCGGGUUUCACCGACGUCAUGGUUCGAGACUACUCAAAGAACAUUGUUCCCAUGACGCGGUUAUUCUACCUAGUCGCUUAUAUCCCUUGGCUCCUCGUUACCUUUUUUCACUUGGAGAAGCAUUUCAUCAACACGGUGGCUGGUGUCGAGUCGUAUCGAGGGCGUGAUCGUUGGCAUUACGUUGCUAUCACGGCCAAGAAGCCAGGGGAGCCUAUUAAGGAGCCAAAGACGCGGUAA